CAGAUUUUUUAUUAUAUUUUUUUUCAUUCAUUUUCAAACCAGUGGAAAUUUGUGUACUAUGUGUUUUAUAUCAAAAUUGUUCAGGUGAGUUUGUCACUCUUUUUAUUUGAUUAACCCCAACGAAAUAAUUCAAUGAAUUUUAGGCCUGAGAUACAUUGAAAAAAAAAGAGCAAAACGGAUCAAUCUGUGCACCUGGCAUUCAUGCUCUGAAGAAAACAUUAGUGAACAUUUCGCAAUAUGGUUGGAAGAUCAUUACGGUUAGAAAUUUCUGGAAAUAAAGCGAGUGGAAAAAACAACAAAAUUUGUGGAGAAAUGCAAUCUGGAAGUGCUGCACGCUGCAAUUCAAAAUGAGAGUAAACAAUCAAAAACCGUACACACCCAAGGAGGGAAAAAUCAUCAUCAACAAAGCCUGGGAGCGUUUGGAGAAAUCUGAUCACGAACGAGAGAAGACCUUUCGACAGCAGAAGCUCGAACAACUGGCUUCUCGUUACAACCGCAAGGCAAUCAUGAGAGAAACCUGGCUUUCGGAAUGUCAACGUCUGGGCAGUACCGAUAAUUUCGGAUUCAAUCUGGCUGUAGUGGAAGCAGCUGCCAAGAAGUAUGAGGCUAUGAGACAGCCAUUUUUGCCUACGAAGAACGUGUUCAGAAUGUGUUCAGAAUGUGUGGCCGUCUCGAACGAGCUGGAAGUUGAACGUUACUGUGAUAUGAAGCGAACUGCAGCUCGCAAAGAAAAUGUGUUGCGACAUUGGAACUACUUGCUGGAGCUGCUGUGUGCUAGAAGAAUGCGAAUGGAGUUUUCCAUUCAGUUGCAGCAGAACUUCCAGAAAACGAUCUACACCUUGGACUCGAUAGAGGAAGAAAAGCAGCGGCUGUUGACCGACGACUAUGGCAAUCUGAUGGGGGUGGAAGAUUUACUGCAGAAGCAUUCGGAUCGACGAAGAAAUAUCAACACUAUAAAUACACAGCUUCAGGAUGUGCAACGGAUAAUGGUUCAGAACAUCGACGACGUUUUGCAGUGCGGAACGGUUCACUCUGAGCUGGACAUCAAAACACAGAACUUAUCGGUGCUUUAGCAAAAGCAUAAAAAAGACACUACAUACUUGAAUUGAAAGUUCCGUUACGUCGCUGGUAUUAUUAUUAUAGAUUUUGUGUAUUUCUUGGUUAUUUAUUCUCAUCGAAAUAGUCGAUAAACAACAAAAAUAUUCAUGACUGUUAUUCGAAGGGAAAACAAAAUGGUAGUGAAAUAAAAUUGGAAGUGUCAUCAUUUGGCCAAAAUGUAAUUCACAGGGUGAAUUGAAUUGAAUUAAUGAAAGAGAAAGUGUUAGUUAUAAGUUUCGUUUAGAAGUUUUGACGUAGGACUACGUCUAACCGGAAGAUAUAGGGGGUGAAAUAGAAAUCUAGGCACUGAACAAGUAGGAAAAAUGCAAGAUUUGGAACGUUUAUAACUCGAGCAUUUCUCAAUA